AUGGGUUGCAGCAUCUCUAUCAGUGUCUCUAUCUUUAUCAGCAUCUCUAUCUCUAUCUAUCUAUCUAUCUCUAUCAUGCAAAUGGAGAAGGAUAGGGAUAAGGGGUUCUCUUCUCUUCUCUUCUUUUACUCUUCUUCUUCUUCUUCUCUUAUUACAUCUUCUCCUACUUACAUCCUCUCUCUUUACAUCUCCUCCUUGGUCUCUCGCCAGUUGAGAGUCACAGUCUCUCCUUUAACUGCCUGCUGUCUCUCUCAGGGGCUACUGGUCGACCGUUGGCAGAGUCAACAGUCCACGUUGGAGCAGCAUCAGCCAUCAGCCAUCAGCCAUCAGCUAUCAGCCAUCUCCAGGGAGUCUGCUCCUCCUCCUCCUCCUGGCUACUGCUAUCACCAUCACUAG